GGCUGUGGAUUGAACAGGGCUUUCGGACUCACCUGUGGAAUUCCGUGCAGCGCAUGAUGCCUUAUUGGGUGAAAUCACUUGUUGUGCUUCUAUGUUUGCUCGUUACCGGAGAGUGCAGCCGGCACCGGCACCGCGUGCGGAGAUGGACCGGGACUGUGGAGACGCAGAAGCACGGCACUGCCUUGACCAAGAAGCCCCCGGACGUGACCAAGUCUCGCAAGCCCAAGACAGAGAAUCUCCUCAAAGUGGAUGAUCAUGACUUCACCAUGAGGCCCGCGUUCGGAGGGCCAGCAAUCCCUGUAGGAGUGGAUGUACAAGUGGAGAGUUUAGACAGUAUCUCUGAAGUGGACAUGGACUUCACCAUGACGCUGUACCUGCGUCACUACUGGAAGGACGAGCGCCUGUCGUUCACCAGCAGCACCAACAAGAGCAUGACGUUUGACGGGCGCCUGGUCAAGAAGAUCUGGGUGCCCGACGUGUUCUUCGUCCACUCCAAGCGCUCGUUCAUCCACGACACCACCACGGAGAACAUCAUGCUGCGCGUCUUCCCGGACGGACACGUCCUCUACAGCCUGAGGGUGACGGUCACAGCAGCCUGCAACAUGGACUUCAGCCGCUUCCCACUGGACUCCCAGACAUGCUCGCUGGAGUUGGAGAGUUACGCCUACACCGACGAGGACCUCAUGCUGUACUGGAAGAGUGGCGACGAGUCCCUCAGCACAGACGACCGGAUAUCAUUGUCUCAGUUCCUCAUCCAGAAAUUCCACACCACAUCCCGCCUGGCUUUCUACAGCAGCACAGGCUGGUACAACCGUCUGUACAUCAACUUCACCCUGCGGCGCCACAUCUUCUUCUUCCUGCUGCAGACCUACUUCCCGGCCACCCUGAUGGUCAUGCUGUCCUGGGUGUCCUUCUGGAUCGACCGACGGGCCGUGCCCGCGCGAGUCUCCCUGGGCAUCACCACGGUGCUCACCAUGUCCACCAUCAUCACGGGGGUCAACGCCUCCAUGCCCAGGGUGUCCUACAUCAAGGCGGUGGACAUCUACCUGUGGGUCAGCUUCGUCUUCGUCUUCCUGUCCGUGUUGGAGUAUGCCGCCGUCAACUACCUGUCCACCGUCCAGGACCGGCGCGAGCGCAAAAUGCGGGAACGGGCGAGGUCACAGUCCCUGGCAUGCACCUGCGGGAUCUCCCACACACGCACCAUGACCAUGCUGGACGGCACCUACAGCGAGGCCGACACCAACAGCCUGGCGGGCUACACCGAGGACCCCAUGGGCCCCGAGGAGGAGCAGGAGAUGCGCGGGGUGUCUGUGUCAGAGAAGCCCGAGCACAUGGUGGUGCACCUGUCGGUGAGCAGCGAGUCCACGGCCACCAAGAAGAAGCGGAGCUUGCGCGCCCUCAACAUCAUGCAGAACACUCACGCCAUCGACAAGUACUCCCGGAUGUUCUUCCCCGGGUCCUACAUCUUCUUCAACCUCAUCUACUGGUCUGUGUACUGCUAAGCAGAUUGGCCAGGGGGGAGCGGGGACAUGUUUGUACAAAGACUUCCCCCCCCGAAGCGCUGUCUAAAUGCUGGAGGACGGAUUUUGGUGUAUCGUUUUUGUGGAUAUGUAGAGCCGGACGCCUGGAGAGAGAGAAUGGCGCACUGGCGUUGCAUUCAGCAAAUGUUUGCAUGGAGAACCGGAGUUUUGAUUUCGUUUUCUUUUUGCUUUAUGCGGCAUUUUGAAUGUUCUUCUUCUUUGUUUUAAACAAAUGUUGGUUUUUUGUCAGUUGGUACAAAGUACAAAGCAGACAAAAUUGGUUGAUUCUGAAAAGUACAUUGUCCUAAGACUUCAGACAAUCUAUGAGUUAUUCUGACAACAAUUAUUAGGGUGGCAUUAAAAUCAGCUAGUGUAGUGGUUAAAUAGUUUUGUGUGCACUUAAAGGCCCCUCUAGUGUUUUGUGUUCAUUUUUUAGGUUCCGAUAUUCUCUUUUUUUAAGGGCGACCCCUUCCUCAAGAGAUGUCCACGUUCACAGAGGUGCAUUAAUGGGAAAUAAAUGACUUCAGCGACGCUAUUCAAACCUGGCAUAAGAGUUAGUCAAAGCUGGCAUUUCACCACACCUCACAAAACAGAUUCUUUAGGCAGUUUUAGAGCUACACAUAAAAAAAAAUCUCAGAUGAAUGUUUAUUACAUUUAAUAAAAGGAAUGUUAUUCAACAAUGUAAAGAAUAUCUGUUAACUUUCGCUAUCGGAUUUAAAUGGUUUUGAACAACAUUUAUGUUUACUUUUUAUUAUUUAAUGCUAUUUUUAUUUUAUUUCUAAAGACAUUAUUGUAUGAGACAAAUCCACGGCCCAGAUAAAUUAGGGUGAUUGCCUCGCUCUUGCCUGAUUGACAUAAAGCCACGAGUACAGUCUUCUCGAGUUGAACCCUCUCUAGACCCACUUAUCAGGCGACAUAAAGUUCGGCUUUUCAGCAUUUAUUUUCAGAAACCUUGAUUAACCACAGAUUAUAACUCCUUCGAAGAAAAAAAAGGAAUGAAUGAUACUUUUAAAUUUUCAUUAAUGUCUUUAUGUUUUUAUGAAGGCAGUUGGUUAUGUUUUUGAAGAGCUUCAAACUUUAUGUUUGUAAUAAGGCAUAGUAGAUACUAAAGAGUGAAAAGGUUCAAACCAAAGCAAAAUCGAGAGAGAUUUUGAAGAAGCUGGAACUUCAUGAGGUGCUAAACACUGUAGAGAAAUAUAUAAAUGAGUAUAACCAUUCCAGUAAAAGUACAA